AUGUUUCCAGGUCAAGGUCAUAAUCUGUAUGGAGGUCAAAGACCAUCCAAUGGAUCUUAUCAACAACAAUAUGGAGGAUAUAACAACUAUGGUCCACCACAGGGUGCUCCAAAUAAUUACGGUCCACCACAGGGUGCUCCACCAAAUAAUUACGGUCCUCCACAAGGUGCUCCAAAUAAUUAUAAUCAAAGAGGUACACCUCAAAUGCCUUCAUUCACACCCCAAAGGUUUGAUAGUCGUAUGGAUGCUUCCUUUCAAUACUCUAAUUGUACUGGAAGAAGAAAAGCUUUAUUAGUAGGGAUCAAUUACAUCGGUACAUCAAAUGAAUUGAGAGGUUGUAUCAAUGAUGUAAAGAAUAUGAGUAUGUUCUUAAACGAAAGGUACGGAUAUUCUUGGGAUGACAUGGUGAUCUUGACUGAUGACCAAAGACAAUAUAAUAAGAUCCCCACACGAGAAAACAUCCUUAGAGCUAUGCAAUGGUUGGUUCAAGAUGCUAGACCUAAUGAUUCAUUAUUCUUUCAUUAUUCAGGUCAUGGUGGUCAAACUAAAGAUCUUGAUGGAGAUGAAGAAAGUGGAAUGGAUGAUGUCAUUUAUCCUUUGGAUUUCCAACAAAAUGGUCAUAUUGUUGAUGAUAUCAUGCACGAUAUCAUGGUAAGACCUUUGCCUCAAGGUUGUAGAUUAACCGCUCUUUAUGAUUCUUGUCAUUCAGGUACUGCUUUGGAUUUACCUUAUGUAUAUUCCACUAAAGGAGUUGUUAAAGAACCAAAUAUUUAUAAAGAUGUUGGGGGUGAUGCAUUGGGAGCUGUUCUUAGUUAUGGUCGUGGUAAUAUGGGAGGUGUCUUAUCGGCUGUAGGAUCAAUUGCUAAAACGGUAAUGAAUUCAGGUAGAGUUGAUACCGAUGCUGUUAGACAAAUGAAAGCUUCAUCGGCUGAUGUUGUUAGUAUUUCAGGUAGUAAAGAUGAUCAAACUUCGGCAGAUGCAAGUUUCAAUGGUAAAGCUAGUGGAGCUAUGAGUUAUGCUUUCAUUUCAAUCUUAUCCCAAAAUCCAGAACAAUCUUACAUUUCUUUAUUGAAUAAUAUGAGAAACUUCUUAAGUGGUAAAUAUACCCAAAAACCUCAAUUAAGUUGUUCCCAUCCUACUGAUAUGAAUUUGAAAUUUAUUAUGUAG